UCCUCUUGCCAGCCAAACGAUACUUAAAACACACACACACACACACAAAAACACAACGACUUUACUUCCCCACUGUCGAGUUCAAACACCUAUUUCUCACAUACAAGGAAUUCCAAUCAUCGCUUCUCUCAUUCCUCGAGAUAAUCCAACCCAACGAAAACCAAAUAUCUCUAAAUCCAAACUCAUAUUAAUUAACCGAUAAACACACGUUCCUCCUUCACCAACUUGUUCACAAUCACUCGAAAAAAAAAAAAGGAACAGAGGCGCAGAAGCACAAACGUUCGCGAACACGGUUUUGAAAACGAUCUCCUUCCCCUCUCUCUCCUUUUUCCUCCCUCCCUCCCUCUCUCUGACCACGCGAAAACUCGUAUCCUAUCCCCGAACACAAAGCGGAUCAGUUGGACAAUCGGCGUGGAGGCGUAGGGACUUGUCGUCCCGCAGGACGAGUCGUCGGGUUCGAGGCCCCGAGUGCCACUCGGCCAACCGAGUCCCUGUCCUUCUGUUAACUCCCCUCCCCUUCCCUCUUGCGCUCGCUCGCGAAACAACACCGAGAACACGCUCGAGAUACGCGCGCGCGUCGAUUUCCACCAGAGAGAGAGAAAGAGAGAGAGAGCGAGAGCGGAGAGCUUCCGUCCUCCCCCUCUCCGCGAGUGCAGUGCCUCGAAGCUCGGUGGGCUCCAUCCACUCGGGAACUCAGUACUCUCUCGCGCCCCGAGCCGAGAGAACCGCUCCUAUUAUCUCCUUCCUCUCUCGACCCCCCUUUAACUCUCUCCUUCUCCUUCGAUUCCAUUCCCUCCUCGUACAUAGUAGCCGCGCUUCCUGCCUUCCGACCCCGCUCCAUCAUCGCGCGCGCGUGUAUUAAGAAUUGUGGGCGAUUUAAAAAAUAACGGUCGACGACGACAGGGCACGUGUGUGUGUGCGGAUAAAAGAGUGAAGCGAGAGGUUUGAAAGUUGAAAAAGUUUUUGCGAGAAACGUGGUGGUGGUCGCGAUUGCGGUGGAGGUGGUGGUGGUAGUGGUGGUGGAAAGAAAAGUGGUGGUGGUCGUUUGUAAAUAUGGUGAAUCUUCGCGGAGACACACCCCCGGAGAAGACGUGACAGUAGGGGGAUGAGAGGAUCGGCGGUGAUCACGAUUCACAGCCGGUUGGAUUUAAGUCCCGCAGUGAGGGACUCUUGCCUCUUGGUUGGCUGGACCGGGUGAGGAGUGGACGGGAUGGACAGAGAGAGGAGAGGGGGGAGAUCUGGGUUAAUGCUUCAUUAGUUUGUCCUUUUUCGUUCGGUUGCGUAGGCGCCGCCUGUUAAUUGGGACGAUCAAAUCCUUCCCACGUUUCGAGGGCGGUCUUCUCGUUCCUCGCGGCCCGCGUGUUUUUAUCCCGUCUCCGUUCACGCGUUAAGGUCGAAUUGAUGGCAAUGAUAGGCGCCAAUCUAAGAUUUGGGAUCGGCGCAUCGGGUAACGCGUCGUCAAACGCGACCAAGGUGUUCCAGUGUCAUCCAGGGGGCGCUACAGAGGCCAGCCUCAUCUUCGGCCUCGGCGCUCUGGGCAUGGGAGCGAACUUCCUGCUGAUGGCCCUGAUCCUGGCCAAGCGACAGUUGCGAAGAUGGUCACAAGGAUUGCUGUUCCAUCAGGCGAUGGUGGACUGCGCUCGGGCCGCGAUUUUAUUGCCCCUAGGUUCGAGUAUCCUCAACUGUCAACCGAUGACCAAGUGUUCCCUGGUCGAGACCGCGUUCCUACUGCUUGUGACCGUGUCCACCGUGAACAUGCUGACAACAGUGCUGAACGACAGCCCGAUCUUCCCCGAAACCGACGAGGAGGCGGACCUCGCCGCUCCUUUGCUCAUGGACUCGCCCCAGUGCGUUCUUUUCGGCACGUUCAUGAUAUGGUUCGCGAGCAUCACGAUCAACCUGGGCCCGACGUUUCUGAGUGGCGCUCUUGCGGCGAACACCGAGUCGGGUCACAACGCGCCGAGCUGCCCACUCGUGCACGGCCCGUUCCGCCAUUACAUACUCAACGUCCUUUGGAUCGCCAUCAACAUGAUCUGCGUCGCUCUCACACUCAUCCAUCUCAGGAAACUGCACAAAGAUUUGACCAAGGCGAACGUCGAAGCGGUAAAGGUAGCACUACUAACAAUUCUCGUGAAUACAACGGGUAACCAACAAACGAAUGCGGUUCCUGAAAAUUCUGCCGCAUCCACGAAUGGUGGCACGCCCAAGAGGAGCGGGGCGGCGGAGGAGCACCGAAAAAUGAGGAAUUACUUAAAGAGAAUGGAGAGGGAGGGCGUGCAGAGAGUGAAGAUGUUUCUGGUGAUCACCGCCGCGUACGGAAUCUUUUGGGGACCACUGUUCUUCGUCACCCUGGUGGAUCAUCCUAUCAUCGGUAAUCCAACCGGUUACGAGGUGACUCUACAUAUCGCGUACAUUCACGCAUUCGUGAACCCGGUACUUUUCCUCAGCCUGCACCGUGGUUUGCGUCAAGGUCUUUCGGAAUUCUUCUGCGGCUGCUGCGAGGUGAUCGCCAGCUGGAUCCUGGGUCCAAGCAUCCCCGUCGAAAGUGCGGUGCAACCACCACGGUACCAAGAGCCGAUCGAGGCGGUCCCUUCACCUCCCGAACCCCCGCUGGUUCAGCCUAACGCGUGUCCAGAUCUGACGGACGUGGCCCUCCUCAAACCGCCCUUGCCGCCCACCGGCAAACACUUACUGGACGACUCCGUGAUCGUACCACCGGAUCCAUGGAUUCUGGUGUCAAGAUCGAAAAGCACGUCGAGCAUUUACCAGGAAGAUGUUAGUAGAAGAUCGAGCAUAUUAAUAUCCCCACCCCUGAAAUUAAGCGACUCGAAAGUGAACGUCAGCCCGACUAGCAGCGAUCUCCCUAGCGAAUGAUCUCUUAGGAGAAAAAAAUGUUCUCGAUAGAAAAUAUUCGUUCGACCAAUUAAACUGUUCUAAUAAAUUAAUUUUAAAUAUACUCUUCUUUAUCGAUGAAUGGUAUAUUUUAGUAUCGUUUAUUAUUUUAUUGCGAGAUAAGAAAUUUGUAACAUUUAUAUCGAAUCUUGUUUUCCAAGAUAUUUAUAAUUUCUGACAAUGUUUGUCAAAACUUUGUCAAACAAAAGAAAAAAGAAGAAAGAAAGAAAGCAAAGAAACUUGUGUCCAAUGAAAUAUUGAGAGUUUGAAAAUGUUCGAACAACUUUCGAAGAGGAAAGAAUCGCAGAACGUUCACUUCUUAGUCGGUAAGACAGAGAUCUUUAUCGGAGACAUUCUUUGAACAUAACCAAAGAUUCUCCUCCUCCGAAAACGAGAAAGAUAAAAGCGUUGCCAAAAAGAAAAAAAAAAAGGUUCUUCGAGGAACCAUGUCCAAAAGUCUUCAAAAAUUGCCAAACCACGACAAGAAAAAAAAAAGGAAUAAAAAAUAUGUAGGGAUAAUCUUUCGUCGACAUUAAGCACGUUUCCAUGUAAAACUUCGCUUUCUAGAUGACUACUCUAUUUAGGUAACGCCAGUUUGAAAAAAAAAUUAUAAAAAAAGUGAAAGAAAGAGAGAUGGAGCAAAAGAAAAGAAGGUAGCGAUUAUUAAAGUAGAAAGUUCAGGAAAUAAAAAAAAAAAAAUCACCAACAAACGUAUAGUUCCUUUAAUUGUGAAUCGAAAAAGGCAUUAGCUGCACCAACUAGUGAUUAAUUAAGCGAUUAAAUUAGGGAAUACGUUAGAUAGUCUGCACCUUCGAAUGAGCUUUCCACUCAACUGGGGACUCAAAAUGAAUCGAGUUUUUUGUCUCGAUUAUUAUUACUAUUAUUAUAUAUUAUUUAUUAUUAACGUUAUUAUACGGACUUAUUAUACGGAUAUUAUAUUAUACAGAUGCGCAGAUGCAUGUACACGUAUACAGGGUGUGCGAGAAAUAAAUGCCACGGGCUUAAAUUGUUUUUCCAAGUGAACAGUGAAAGUAAAUUGUAAUAAAAAUUUUUAUUUAAGUUAACAAUAUAUGUAAUAUAUGUAAGAACACGAAUUUAUAUGUAUUAUCGUUCGAAGAUGUGUGCCAAAAAUUUAAUAAAAUUUAAAAAUUAAUAUUCUAAGAUAUUAAC